CCAAAGCUUUGCGCACAGCCACCUGUUGGCACACAUCGUUUAACAAAUGUUACCAAACCCUUCUGCUUAGAAAACGUCAUUUACUACGUUUAAUAUCACACACGUUGUGUGUUAAUAUAUUGUUAUUAACGAAUAUGGAGGUCAAUAACACGCUCUCGGGACGCAACUUCAUAGACUUGCGCGUUUUAACAGAAAAACUUUUAUCGUCGACAAACCGACCUCAGGUAUUUCUGGACAACGAAACGGACCGCUUACCCGAAGAGGAUUUGGACGUGAACACAGAUAUUUACUCCAAAGUUUUGGUGACUGUGAUUUACGUGCUGCUGUUUGCAGUCGGGUGUUUGGGUAACUCGAUCACCCUGUACACGCUCGUCACCAAGAAAUCUCUCCAAAACCUCCAGAGCACCGUGCAUUAUCACCUGGCGAGCCUGGCAGUGUCCGAUCUCCUCAUCUUGGUACUUUGCAUGCCCAUCGAGCUGUAUAACUUCAUCUGGGUGCAUCACCCGUGGGCGUUCGGAGAGGCUGUGUGUAAAGGUUAUUACUUCUUGCGGGACGGCUGCUCGUACGCGACGGCGUUCAACAUCGCCAGUCUGAGCGUCGAGCGCUUCAUGGCCAUCUGUCACCCGUUCAAAGCCAAGAGCAUCAUGUCGCGAAGCCGCACCAAGAAAAUGAUCAGCGUCAUGUGGCUUGCGUCUUUCGUCCUGGCCACCCCGAUGCUCUUCACUAUGGGACAGCGGGUGGUUGAAAACGAAGUCAUAUGCACCACUAUCGUGUCCUCUAUAACUGCCAAAACUGUUCUGCAGGUAAAUGCCUUUUUGUCUUUUGUGGUUCCCAUGGCAUUGAUCUCAGCAUUAAAUGGAGUUAUCGCCAGUCAGCUGCUGCGCAUGUUUCGGGAGAGUGCGCAGGACAAUCGCAUCUGUAUCAUCGGAGGUAACGCUACCAUGCUUAGUGUCGCAGUCGAGCCCAACCGCGCCCAGUCACUGCGUCAUGGAGUCAUGGUGUUACGUGCUGUGGUCAUUGCUUUUGUGGUCUGCUGGUUACCGUACCACGCCAGAAGAUUGAUGUACUGCUAUGUCACUGAAUGGACACAUGCACUGUAUGAUUUCUACCACUACUUCUACAUGGUCACCAACGUGCUCUUCUACGUCAGCUCUGCCAUAAACCCCAUCCUCUACAACCUUGUCUCAUCUAACUACCGGCAAAUUUUUUUUUCCACGCUCCGCUGCUUCCUGCUGCCGUGCCGUCAUAAAAAGCAGAAACCGGUAUUGACCAGACACUCCAUCAGUAUCUGCAGUAACCAGACGUUAUCCACCAAUGUUAUCAAAGAGACCAUUUACUGAUUCAGCUCUCUUAUCACUUCGUCCAUUUUAUUCAGCAAAGCCAAGGGGACCACCGAGGCGAAGAAUACGUUCAGAUGGACUUAUUACAGGAGUUGCUGUGUUUGUGCUGAUGCAUCACCACAUGGAGAUUUUGAAUUUAGUACAAGAGACACUUACUGUGUUUGCGUGCCAAAGUGGUAUCAUAAAAAGAGAAGUGAACUGCUGAAAUGGUGUAAAUAUAAAAAAUGCCCACAUUGUUUCUCAUUCAAUGUAUGAAAUUGCCUGUAACAAUGCUACAGGCUCAACUGAUUCUAGAUCAAUUUGUAGUGGUGAGCUUUGGUUGGUUGGAGAUCUGAUCAUUCACCUGUUGCUCUUGACACAGAUCAUACCAUUUACUCAGACUAGCGCUGGGCGGUAUAUCGGGUUUUGGAUAUAUAUCUGUAUUUUUUCCCUGCAAGAUAAGGAAUAAGGCAAUACAGUAUAUAUCAGUAUGGUCUUAUAUGACUCUUCUUCUUUACGACAGAAGCUUUGCCAGGAAUAUACACUGAGGUGCAAAGUUAGCUUUCCAACCAGAUCGCAUGUUGUGCAGCUAUAUAUGUUUUAACGGGUAUGGAAACCAUGUCUUUGAAUUUAAUUAUACGCUGUUUUAAUAAACAGCACUGUGACAUCUCAUGAAGCUUUAACUUGCUUAAUUCACAAUGUAGAAAAUACAGAGAUAUUAAUUGUAUAUUGACAUCCAUCCCAAAAUUACAGAGAUAUGAAUUUUGGUCAAUAUUGACUACAGAGUCCUGCGUCGGGUCAGGUACCCGCAGAUACCCGCAUAAAAGUGUCUAAAACGGGCGGAUUGUAACAUUCCUAAAAUUCACGGGCAUGGAGGCGGCGGAUAAUUAACUCUGUGCAGGCGGGUAGUAGUGCGAAUGAAAAUAUUUGCGAUAUUUGUCUAAAUUACCAUUACACGCGCAACAUAUGACAUUUGACCAAUCGCGUUACCACCACUGCGACAGUGCGCGACCUUUGUUGAUGCUUCUCGUAGCCUAGUUGGAGCGAGCGUUGCAUGAGUCGCAUAAAGUUUUGCCGUUGAUAGCCGUAAGCUGGGAACGUCUUUUCUUAGAAAGCAUUUUCAGAUGAGACUUGUAGGAACACAGCAGGGGUUUUGUAGGUAGGUUGUAUUUUUUCUUGUUCUUUUUUUAUUUAUAGGUCUAUUUGUGUAUUGUUAUCAGGUUCCAUAGCCUUUUUUGGUGCCGAUGGCAGGCUACUUGAAUGGGGCAAAACAAAACGCACUUAGCCUGUUUCAUUAGCCCAUUCUUGACGCUGUUGUGAUGUUGAGAGAGGUGCGAGAAAAAAUAGCAGUUUAUUGGAAUGAUUUAUGGUGUGUGAUUUAUGCGUGUGCGGGUACGGGUCGGGUAACGGGCUUUGGGUGCGGAUUUAAUUUUGCAAUUAUCAUUGGUGACGGGUCGGAUCUGAUGCUGAACUUUGCGGGUACGGACGGGAGCGGGUCUCCAAAAAUGGACCCGUGCAGGACUCUGAUUGCCCAGCCCUAACUCUGGUAGCAGCAUCUUAUUUGGAAGGCUUUGUCUCCGGAGGUCGCAUUUGAUAGCUUAUGUCACCAAGGUUCUUUAAAACAUAAUAAAAUGGCCAUUUAUUGUUAUGCGACAACAUCACUACAGUUCGUUCUCACUUUUAUUCCUUGAUGACGUUUGCGGCCGACAAAUGUGACCUCUGGGGGAUGUAGCCUUGAAAAUGCUAUUGUUGCAUCUCUGCUGGUUGAAACUCUGCUUUGUCAUGAGUUCAGCAGAUGGAGUUGAUGUCGGUGUUGUACCUCACUUUUAUAACUUAUAUUGUUUCCAUCCUGCUGUAAUAUAAAUAAUUUACAAUGUUUGUGAACUGAUCAUAACGAUAAACAGCGAUGAGUGCAUGGGUAAAAGGAGUUUAGGGUUGAACGAUUACAUAAUUUCCAAGUUAACCAGAAUAGAAACAGUUGAUUUAUUCUUGAGAAUAAAGAGUCGCUGUUAUGCAUAUACAGUCUUUAUAUCAAACUAAUUUGUAAAGUACUCCUCGUUGCCUCUUUGAGAUGAAUCGCUUCAUUGUUUUCCUCAUUGUCGUAAGUGGCUCUGGAUAAAAGCGUCUGAUGCCUAAAUGUAAUGUACCAACUGUGAAUGUGAGAACGUAGAGUAUUUAGUUUUAUCACUAGCACAUUUAAAGUGGAGGCUGCUACAUUGUGAAACAAGUGACUAGUGCUUGCAACACAUCGAGAUGUUGUCCAUCACCACUCGGUCGCCUUGGCAACGGGAAGGGCAGGCAUAAUUAAUUUGCCCGUUGUUAUAGCUUUAUAUAAACAAAGCACUGGUUUGCAAUUUGCAGAGAGAAAGAUGAAGAGAGAGAGAGAGAGAUAAAGAGAGACUUUACAUUAUAAUGGCAGAAUACAAGCAACUGAGAAAAAUGAAAAGCCAGCACACAGUAUGGGAGAGCACUUGUCUCUGAGAAAUAGUGGGCCGAUCUUAUGGGUCAGAUCAAAGAUGCAUCUCGAGACAGACGAGAGGGUGAGAACAUCUGUGACAAGAUGUGGGUAAUGGAAUUUGGUUAUACAGAUGGAAAGCCAAAGAAAAAUGGGAAACUCUGUAUAGUUUGCAUUGUUUUAUUGUGCUUUUAGUGGUAAGGAUGACGAAGAUCAGGAGGCUGUCUGCUUCAGGGUGCAAUGUGGAGAACUUAUUAGAUAAGGUCUGGUAAAAACAGCUUUUUCAGGUCCACACAAAGUGCACUUCGGAAAACAUGGUGGAUGUUCACAGCGGGAAGGAUGCUGAGCACUUAAGAGGAGCUGUAUGGUGAACUACACUCAAGGUUAAAAAGGGAACAUGCUGGUAUGCUGGACAGAACUACACGGUUAAAGAGGGAUAAAGAAGGCUAUAUAAAAAUUGCCUGCUGAGGUUGUAGACCAGAGGUUGUGGACAAGACCAAAAUGGUUAGGGAAGUUGUAGCUUUUGUUUGUUUGAUGGCUCUUAAGGGGGAGAGCAGAAUAUUUAUAACCAUUUUUAGCUUGUUUUUUUUUUAGAAAAUGUUUUGCUCAAACCCUUGAAAUCUCAAACAAGUAUGAUAUGGUAGCAGACAGUCAUAACCCAUUGUUAUUACAUUUUGCUGCAAAGUUUUAAUGUAAUUGUUGUGCGGUAUUUCUAAAAAAGAAAAAUGCAGGGUUGUUAUAUACCCAGAUUUCGUCAAAAAGGGAUUAACUUAACCUAUUGGGUUGUAACUUAACCUAUGCUGAGUUGUUUCAAACCAAAGGCUGGGUUGUUUUAAUCCACUUGGGUUGAGUGAAAAAUGUCGACCUGAACCACAAAACCAAAUUGAAAUUGAGAUUUAUACAUCAUAAAUAAACCACUGAUGUAUGGUUUGAUAGGACAAUAUUUGGCCGAGAUAUGACUAUUUUAAAAGUCCGGAAUCUCAAGGUGCAAAAAAACGAAAUAUUGAUAAAAUCGCCUUUAAAGUUGUCCAAAGGAAGCUCUUAGCAACACAUAUUACUAAUGAUCAUACAUUUUUUAUAUAUUUAAAGUAGGACAUUUACAAAAUAUCUUCAAGGAACAUGAUCUUUACUCUGUAUUUUAAUGAUUUUUGGCUUAAAAAAAAAACAAUAAUUCUGAUACAAUGUAUUGUUGCUACAAAUAUGCACACAGUGGCGGCUCUUGACUGCACUGCCGACGGGCAUAAAUUCAAAAUAUGUGUUUUGAGUGUAAUGUGUGUUGCUUGUGUUUUUUAUGUGUUUGGUGCGUCAUGUGAACCAUGUGCAUCGCAUGUUUUGUCAAAAUAAGUGCCUGUUGCACACGCUUCAAAACCGUUUAUGAUAAAAGAGACGCUCAAGUUCAUAAAAUACAUGCAAGACACUCCCUUAACAGUAAACUCUGAUUACGCAUGAGAUUAUGCGAGUGUCUGCCAAUUUUGAUGCGUCUGCAGCAGGCACUUAUUUUGACAAGACACAUGAUGAACACAGGUUCACUUGACGCGCCAACAAAUAUUUUUUUUACAAUUACAAACCACACACAUGAUGGGCUACAUACAAAUUGUGACGAACUUUGCAUUGUGUGCCCUCGAAAAAAGAAGUCACCAGCCGCCACUGUAUAAAUGCUACUUAUGCCUGGUUUUGUGGUCCAAGGUCACAUAUAAACAUUUUAUGGGUUCAUUUAACUCAAUGACUGAGUUUGGCCAUUGGGUUUGACCCAAAUCUGGGUUGAGAAUAAACAUAUUUUUCAAGUGUAAAUCUAUAAUGUGAAUUUAUAUAUUUUGUAUACAUGCUGUAAGUUAAAACUACAUUCUUCUUCAAACACCAGAACUAUCUUUAAAUUAUGAAGAACUGGCUUUAAAAGAUAUAGGAGUGUAUUUUAAUGCAGAAAAAUAGACAUAAUGGGGCGGUUUCCCGGACAGGGAUUAGACUAGUCUUAGACUUAAACACUUUUAAGAGCUCUCCAAACUGAAAAUAACUAUCACUGACAUAUCUUAAAAUACAUCAGUGCCCUUUGUUUUACCUCAAAUUGCACACAGGUAAUGUUUUUAGUAAGGCAUGUUUGUUAAAACUAGUUAUAUUUCCUAAUUAAACUAAGGCCUAGUUCUGGAUUAAGCUAAUCCUGGUCCGGGGAAACCGCCCCUUUAUGUAAUAAAGCUUUAAAUUCCAAAGAAAUACUUUGUAACUGCACUAAAACCAACAGUGGUUUAAUAUUUUCCCACACUUCAACAUUACAGUAUAAUAAAGUACAGUGCAGUACAGUAAAGCUUUCACCAGAAAUUCUAUAGCACAUCAGUGGGGCAUCGGGUGUGUCUAACACCUUUUGUUUGUAUGAUCUAAAUCAUGUCUAUAUGAAUUUUGAUGUAUUAUUAUUAGUGCUAAUAUCGAAUCAAUAACUUUCUUUGUAAGCCUAGAUUUGGCUACACUGUAACUCAUCUUUUAUGGCACUGAACUUUGUGUCUUCGACCGUGACUUUUUUAAUGUAAUGUUACAUAUGUGCAUCAUGCGUAAUUUCAAAUAUGUGCCUGCUGCAGAUGCUUUGAAGGGGUUUUAUAAAAAUUACGGUCUUGCGAGUGUUUUGUGAACGUGUCCUUUUAUCAUUAACCCUUUCGACGCAUGUACAACAGGCUCGUAUUUUGACCUGGGGUGUGAUGCACAUAGUUUCACAAGACACUCCGAACAAAUAUGUCACGCCCCUUGAAAGAGAAGUCAUCGGCCACCAUUGAUUCACAGUAUACAUGCCUAUAAAGCCUUUAUACUCAUAUAGUUUCAUGAAUCCUCAUGUAUCAGUGUUAAUGCUUAAUUUCAGUUGAUGUUUACAGUUGAUGUUAACUGUUGUGCUGUUUGUUUCAUUCAGAAAAUAAAGAUUAUGUAUACUGUUAUACUGUAUAUGUUAAUAUUUUUGUUGGAUUUAAAGAGUAUUUAUGCACUAUAUGUUGAUGUUUUUAUUAUUAUUGACUAAAAACUGAAAUUCAGCUUUUUUAAUGCAUCAUACUUAAAAAAUUAAUAGUAGCACUUUAUAAUAAGGUAUAUUGUAUUUGUUUGUUUAUAUUAGUUAAUGCAUUAGCUAACAUGUACUAACAAUGACUUCAACAGCAUUUAUAAAUCUUAGUUCAUGUUAAUUUCAGCAUUUAUUAAUAUAGUUGUAAAAUCAUGAUAGCUAUGUAUGAGUACAUGUUUUGUUAA